CUGUCAGUGCCGCCGCUCGCUCGCGCGGAGUCGGCUCCUGGCGUCGACAGACCCCGAGCAUCAUGCGGGCCGGCUGGGUGGCGGUAGUGCUCUGCCUUGUGCAGGCGGCCGCCGGCAGGCGCAUCCCCUGGUGGAGCAUCAAGAUCGCGCAGGAGCAGGGGCCAAACGCCUGCGUGGUGGAGGAGGUUCCCGGCACAUACACUGAGAUCUGGACCGAGUGCCGCUACUGGAUAAAUAGGGAGAUUUGUGGACAGAAAACAAUAAUCCGUUAUGAGUGCUGCGAAGGGUACCAACAGUUAGGGGAGGACCAGAACUGCACAUCCGUGAAGCCGCUGAAGAACAUCCUGCAGACAGCCGAGGACCUUGGGGCCCGUCGGUUUGUGGCAGCCGUCACCGCGGCUGGCCUCGCGCCGGAACUGAGCAGGGAUGGCGCCUUCACCCUGUUCCUGCCCACGGACGCCGCAUUCCAGCGCAUGUCAAGCAGCCUGAGGGGAACGCUGGAAGCCAGCGCCGGCGAUCCCCGCAGCCCGGUGCUGUUGUACCACUUGCUGGACGGCAAGCUGACCACCAAGGACAUGGGAGCCGACCAGCUGGUGGAGACGAAGAGCGCGGGCGCCAAGCUGAGGCUCAACAAAUACUCCAACCAGAUGACGACGGUCAACUGUAACCUGCUGGUGAGGAAGGACCAGAAGGCCACCAACGGCGUGGUUCACCUCAUCGACGCCGUGCUAGACCCCAGCUUUCUCAGCAGCCGCUCAGUGAUCGAUCUGGUGGUACAGGACGGCCGAUUCAGCGUGCUGGCGGAGGCGCUGGAGGCCUCAGGCUAUAUCCAGGAGUUACGCCGUAUGCCCGGUGCGUUGACGAUACUAGCGCCGUCUGACGAGGCGUUCCAGAAGCUCCCCGAGAGACGCCGCGAGAAAAUCUUGAACGAUAAGGUGGCACGGGAUGCUCUCCUCAAGAACCACAUCAUACCUCAUCCCGUGUGCAAGUCGGCGGUCAUUGGAAACCACAAGAUGAGGUCCGAGUCCGGUAGCAAGCUGGAGUUCAACUGCAACAGGGACUCGGUGUUUGUGGACCGCUCCAAGAUCACACAGGAUGAGAUCGCGGGCCAGAACGGAGUCAUCCACAUGUUGGACGACCUGCUUAUACCCGACAGAGCCAUGAACUUCCUGGAGCUGGCGGAGAAGCACCAGCUGUUGACGUUCCUCAACCUGGUACGCGUAGCUGGUUUGGAGGAGGCGUUCGGCGACUUCGGGGAUUACACGAUAUUCGUACCCGAUGAGAACGCCUUCCUCACUGUACCCGAGGGCCUGAUGGAAGCGGCCAGGUCCGACACGGAGGCGGCGCGUGAUCUCCUGCUCUUCCACGGCACUCAGGGUCGCAUCUUCAGCAAGGACAUCUCCGACAAUCAGGUGGUGAUGUCGCUGGAUGAGGAGAAUCCACUGCGGCUACACGUGCACCGCAGCGCCCUGGCCGUAGAGGACGCCAUCAUCCAGCAGGCCGACAUCGAGGGCCAGAACGGCGUGAUGCACAUUAUCAACCGCGUCCUGCUUCCCUCGAACAGGAGCGCCGCUGACGUCCUGCGUCGCGACGGUCGCUUCAGCAUCCUACUGUCGGCGAUGGAGAGGGUGAUGGCCGCGGACCCACAUAGUUUGGACCUGCGGAACGACGGCGUCUUCACCAUCUUCGCGCCCACUGACGACGCCUUCCAGGCGCUGGGACAGGCAGGGGUGGACGCGCUGAUGUCUGACAUCGAGCUCCUCACCAAGACAGUCAAGAAUCACGUCUCCGCCCGCCUGUUGAGCUCAGGCUCGUUCCAGCACGACCUAAGCUACCAGGUGGCCACCCAGCACGGCUCGGUCGACCUGCACUACGAAGGCGACGAGCUGAUGGUGGGGGAGGCGCGCGUGCUGAAGCGCGACAUCAUGAACACCAACGGCGUGCUGCACCUGAUCGACAAGGUGCUGGUGCCAACCGAGUUGGCGCACCAGGCCACCUUCGCCGGCAGCACGUCCUUCCACAGCAGCCGUACAGAGUACAACGGAAGCGGCUCCAGCUACAGCCAUACCUACAGCUCGAGCUCGUCGUCGUCUUCACACAGCAGCGGUGGCGGCCGGUACCGCAGCGGGCCCCGUCCGGCCGGCACUGGCUCUCGCUACACGUCAUCGUCGCGCCGCGCCGUCUCUUCCGGCUAG